AACGGCCUGACUCGGCUUUCUGUUCAUCUCCUUUACAGUCUAAUUGUAGCCUGAAGGGCACGGUUGCCUUAUUCGGUGAACAGGCUUCUGGAAAGCUGUGUUGUUCAGAGCAAUGACGCGACAGAAAAGCGUGUGCGGUCUGUAGUGCGACAGGCAACGCAUGUAAAAGUGAGAUGGUGCUUUUAGUCCAGGUCUUUGUGUAUAUUAAUGUAGUUUUUAAUGCUUUUUUACUAUGUAUGCACAGUUGCUCUAACCCGCUGAUGUACCAGCGUCUGUCUCCUUGUCCGUGUCCUUAUUUGAUCCCAGCUGUUUAAACCUCCAGACAAUUAGAGCUACAUUUGUAAGCUAAGUUUAUGUGUCAAGUACUUUAUUUCUUUGCAAUAAAAUAAAAUGACGUCAAUCAUUUAUUUAGAGACGUUCAACACUGAGUGGGGUUAAAGAUAAUAGGAGGGCUAAAUGAACCCGAACCUUAGAGCGUUUAGCUUCAGGUACUAAGCAGCCCGUUUGGGCUUUCUAUUCCUCCUCCUCUGUUCUUCUCCUCCACUGUCUAACUGUAGCCUAAAGGACACCUUCUUUCCGGUGUGUAUUAAGAAGGUAAAUAGGCUUCACACCAGAUCUUUGUGUAUUUAUGUAGUUUAUUCACCUGAUUUUGAUCCAAAGCAGCAACAAAAGAAGUAGAAUUGGACUGUGACGAUGAUGUUUACAGUUUGUACAGUUUUCCAGGCAGUUGAACCGGUUUUCAUGCAUCUUAAAUGAAAGCGCACAGUAGUGAAAGUUAACUGACUGCAUCAUGUCAUGUCAUCCAGUCGUUUUGCUGAUGAUACAGAUACAUUACAAGAUACUUAAGCAAGAACAAUGGCAAAGCUGUUGCUGUAGCUCUUUACAUCCAGUUGUUGUGUUAUUACGGUGAACUUAAUUUACCUUUGUGUCAGCCUCAGACAGAAAACGUGUGUGAGUGUGUUUGUGAGUUUGAGUGUGUGAGUGAGUGAGUGAGUCAGUGAGUGAGAGAGAGAGAGAGAGAGAGAGAGAGAGAGAGAGAGAGAGAGAGAGAGAGCACAGCUGCAGUGAUAAACAGCAUAUUGUUUGCAUAUGUUGUUCAGCAUAAACUGUGGAACUAAAGCUGAGAAAGGUACAUUAGUCCCUAAUGAAAACUUUUGAAUGUGUGUUUUCAGAUUCUUCACUAUUUUACCAUUACUAAUAUAAUGUGUGGACACUCAGAAGACGCCUGUGGGUUCACUUGUCAUUUUGGAUAAUGAAUACAUUUUUUUGUUAUAGAGAUCACGGCUACUGCUUUAAAUUGUGGCAGAAGUCUUGAGAGAUGAGGACCUUAAAAGGUCCUGUCUACUCAUUUUCUUCUGUUAUCUGUAAUUUUUGUGAUAUUUUACUAUGAACAGGCAGAGAAAGAACGCUGUUCAUCUUUUCUAUUCAGAGAUUUCUAAAUGACUUUUUCUACCAUUUUCUUUUGUUGGAUUUGAGUUGGGUGGGACUAAAUUUGAUCUAGGUGACGUCAAAUCUGUCACUACUUAUGUUCCUCUCCGUCACAUAAAGUGACUGAUCUCUGGCUGAGCCCCCGCCCAAACUCCCAGCAAGGCAGCACAGCUUUCUGCGAAGUAAGCCAAACUUCUGUCUAAAGACUCUCCUGGUGCUUAUCAUCCUGUUAAUCAUCUUCUUCAUUUUCUACUUAGAAAACAGUGUGAUUAAUAUUAAGCCUCAUAUAGUUUAUCCUGGUAGGAAAGGAACACAAAAGGAGAUUGUUCAUCAAGAAGCUACUGAAAAGCAACCUGGUUCUUCUCUUGGAACUACACAUCCAACAACAAGUGCUGAACCACACUUGGCAUGUGGUGUGCCGGUGCAGAGUGGUCCCAUGAUUAAAGUUGCUCACCACAAAGCCUAUGUGAUCGGUUCCUAUGUGGAGCACCGUUUCAACAGGAAAAUGAUACGAACAGUCUCUAUAGUGUUUCGUAGUGAGCAAGUGCAAUACUACUGCUUGUUAUGUUGCGACGGAAGGAACAUUUCUGCAGCUGCCAGCCUCGACAUUCACUCUGACCACUUUGAAUAUGACUAUGGCACAGCGGAUAUUAUUUGUCAGGUCCCCAUAACAUGCACAACACCAACGUACGUGGCUAUUACUUCCCGAACGCAUGAAGGGGGCGGAUCUGCAUGGAAUAUACAAUCCUUUCAACCUGUUGGGAAUCAACAGCCCAGGACAGAAAACUUCCCUUAUGAUUUUACAGUAUGUUUAUCUGUAAUGUAUAAUUACACGAAUGUGUUGAGGCUUGUGCAGACCAUGGAGAUGUUCAAGCUGCUUGGUGUUCAGAAGGUAGCCAUUUACAAGACCAGCUGUUACCCAGAUACGCAGAAGGUUCUGGACUACUAUGUUAAGCAGGGCUUUGUGGACAUCAUCCCAUGGAAUAUGUCACGCUACAUCAAUGUGGCCAGAGGAUGGAAGAAGUCCAUUUCACCAGGGGAUCUGGAAUACUAUGGGCAAAUUGUGGCUCUCAAUGACUGUGUGUAUCGCUACAUGUAUGAGAGUCACUAUGUAGCUCUACAAGAUUUGGAUGAAUUAAUUCUUCCUUUGAAACAAGAUAGCUGGACGGCACUCAUUCCUCAGCUGGAGAUGAUGUACCAACAUAAUGCAGGAUUUGAGUUUGAGAAUAACAUAUUUCCCCUUUCCCUUUUCAGUAAUCAGAAACCUGAGAAUACACCAGCUUUAUGGAAGCAGGUUGAGGGAGAAAACAUCUUACCGCAUGUAUACAGGAUACCCGUUGACCCAAAGGUGUUCAACAAUUUCAAAGUCAUCGCAAAUCCUCGGUUAGUGUUUAAAGCUACAGCGCAUGGCCUUUUGCAUUCCAUGAGUGCUACUGUCAGGGUGGACUCCAAAAUUGCCCGCAUGUACCACAUUAAAAAUUAUUCAAGCCAGUACUUUUCACAAGACUCCGUUAUAGAGGAUACACGUCUGUGGGACUAUUCAGAUAAGCUGAUUCCUGCUGUAUCUGAAGUACUUAGACAAGCACUGAAUAUUCCCUCAAAUCAUGGUAUAAUGAAAUCAUAUCAAAACCUUUUUUUAUUUUUAUUAUUUUUAUUUUUUUUGGCUGUUGUGUUUUAUGGUUUUAAAUUUAGCAGACAACACCCAGAGCUACUACCAAUUUAAUCAUAGUACAGAUGUAUGAAAAUGUAGCAUAAGGAGUCCUGCCCUAAGACUCUUAGUGGUGUCACAUGGUGUGCUUGCCAGUCAGGGCUGCCCAUUCUGCUGUGUGAAGGAUGUUGGUAUUACCAAUGACGCUAGUCUGUGUUUGUUUUUUUUUUCCCCCAUGCAUAUGUCUUAUGUAUAAGGCUAAUUGUUUGUCACAGCGUUAAGAGAAGGCAGCUGUUUGUUCUCGCUGGCAAGAAUUUAUCUGGGAAAAAAAUUGUUUCCCUGGAUAUCUGAAAGGCAAAGGCUGUUUAUGCAUUCAUUCUGGAAUGUGUUGGGAACACUCAGGGAGUUUGUAUUGCCAAGAAGCCUUUGCAUUUCUGUCAGCUCAUUCUGUGCAAAAGUACUACUGUUAUAUUUUUAUAAUGUGAGUUUAUUUGCACCUUAAUCUUUAUAUAGUAACUGACACUUAUUCCAGCUUCCAAAGCCAGUUGUUAUCCGUAUCUAGAGGAGCGUUUGCCUUUGAGUGUUAACAGCAUUGCUGUGGAAGAGCACUAAAAAAUAAUUUGAGGAACUUUUUUUUCUUUACAACAGCUGAUUGUAAAGUUAAAUUAAAUGCUUUUGCACUUUGUAACAAUCCA